CUCUGCGAUCGCACACCGCCAACACCGCUUUGGAUUUAACUCUGCGAAUCGUGAUUUCGUCCGUUGGCGGGUUCUCCGUGUGCCGUCCGGUAUAACGGGACGUACGGGUGGCGCUGGGAGAGGUGCGGGCUCUUUUCUCCGCUAUUUUGGCCGCCGGAUUGGGUUUACGCUUGGCACCGCCCUUCCUGGCGGGUGGGUGGUUUCGUCAAACGGGCAAAUACGCCACAGCCAUUCGCGGAAAAUAUAGGCCGUCCUCCAUCCUGCCGCCUGCCUCCGUCACCGUGCCCGGCCGGCCUUCCAUCGUGAACUACACCUCUCCCUCGGUAUAUUAAUGCGUUAUGAGUGACUCGAAGAAGGAAUCAUCGGGAUCUGAAGGAGGGAAAGCGUCAAAAAAGGGAAAAAGUUCUGGAUCACAGGAAUCCUCCCAGCCCUCUCCCCUGGCUCUCCUAGCAGCCACCUGCAGUAAGAUUGGAGGGCAGGGAGCCGUGGAGGGGGCCCAAGCCCAGGUGGGGGCCCAGCAGAUCCAGGUCCAGGCUGGUCAGAUCCAGCUCCAGGGAGGUCAGAUCCAGGGUCAGAUAGUGGUUGACACAGCCGGGGGUCAGGCCCUGGUGCCCCAACAGCUGGAGCUGGUACCAGCCCAGUUCACAGGGAACGGCUGGCAGAUCAUCACCACCUCACCUGCUAUGGCUAAGGAGAAUGCCAAUCAGCCCGUUGCUGUGACAGUGGCCACCACCUCAGCCAAUGACAGUUCGCCAGGCGGGCGCAAGGUGAAGGCGGUGGGUGGUACUAACAGUGUAGCAGCCAAUCAGCAGCAGCAGUUCCAGAUCAUCCAGGUUCAGAACCUGCACAGUGCAGGGGGUGGAGUCCAGUACCAGGUCAUCCCUCACUUGCAGACUGCAGAUGGCCAGCAAAUCCACAUCAGCCCGGCCCAGACAACCUCCAUCGGAGGACUGCCAGAGCAGGUCCAGCUUAUCCAGACACCGGGCCAAGGCCAGACCCAGGCCAUCCUCCAGCCAGCCAACCAGCAGGCUAUCUUGACAAGCUCAGCUAAUCAGAGUGUCCCACUGCAGAUCCGCCCCACCCAGUCCCUACCCCUGCAGUUGCAAACCCUGCAGGGCACCCAGACUCCUGUAAUGACUACAGUACCCAUAAACCUUGGUGGCAUGACCCUGGCACUCCCUGUAAUUAAUAAUGUAGGAGGGGGAGGAGCUGUGCAGCUUAUCCAGUCAGCUGACGGUACGUUCUCUGUUGCCAAUGGUAACCAGCUGGUGACAACAGCUGUGUCCGGGGUGGCUACUGGCACAGCGUCAACCGGUACCACAACAGUUGCUGGGGGCGACGGCAUAUCUGAUGGGUCACAAGUGGUUUCUGCUGGAUCUGAAGGUGGGGGAGCUGAAACCCAGGCUCAAAGCAUCGAAGUGGAUUCUCAAAGCCAGAACCAGGCCAAUGGGUUACAGAGCCAGACUGAUCCAGCCGGGACCAUCCAGCAAGUGAUUGUGGGCCAAGUGGGGCACCAGGUGGUGCAGCAGAUCCAGCUGCAGCCCCAGGCUCAGUCACAGGGCCACAGCCAGCAGCCCCAGCAUAUCCAGACCCUCCAGUUGGCCCCAGGACAGACCCUGCAGCCCAUCCAGGCCUUCCAGAACCCCGCCCAGGUCCUCAUUCGCACCCCUACCCUGUCACCCUCUGGACAAAUCACCUGGCAGACAUUGCAGCUGCCAGGAGGAGUAUCCCUCCAGGGGGGCUUGGGGACAGCCAUGCCUCAGCAGUUAACACUGGCUCCUGUGGCCGGAGGUACAGCUGUGGGGAGCGGAGGGCUGGUGUCCCUUAGCGGUGCUCCUCUCACACUGAGCGCAGCCCAGAUCAACCCGGGGUCAGGGGUGCAGACGGUCAGCAUUGCAGGGCUAGGCACAGCGGGGGUACAGGUGCAGGGCGUCCCCCUAACCAUCACUGGUCUACAGGGUCAACCACAGGGUCAAGAGGGUGUCAAAAUUCAGUCACCACCGGUGACAGUGACUAUGGGCAACGUAGCACCAGGCUCUUCGAUGAGUCCGGACCAGCUGGGCUCUGUCCAGAGCUCCUCAGACCAGGAGGGUCUGCCCAGCAAGAGGCUCCGCCGCGUGGCCUGCUCCUGUCCAAACUGUCGUGAUGGAGAGGGAAGGAACAGUGGAGACCCCUCGAAAAAGAAGCAACACAUCUGCCACAUGGAAGGCUGUGGGAAGGUGUAUGGGAAGACAUCCCACUUAAGGGCCCACCUGCGCUGGCACACCGGGGAGAGGCCCUUUGUCUGUAACUGGAUUUUCUGUGGCAAGAGGUUCACCAGAAGUGACGAGCUUCAGAGACACAGGAGGACACACACAGGUGAAAAACGCUUUGAGUGUCCUGAGUGCUCCAAGCGCUUCAUGCGCAGCGACCACCUCUCCAAGCACAUCAAGACUCACCAAAACAAGAAGGGCGGAGCCUCGGUAGCCAUCAUCACCACCGACGACCUGGAGGAGGAUGCCCCUGAAGGCCUGGGCAGCUCCCCACGGAUUGUCACCGUGGCGACACUAUCCCGGGAUUCUGACCCAGCCACGCCUACCACCUCCAAUCACCUGGAGGGAGAGGAGGAAGAAGAGGAGGAGUUUCAAUAG